UUACCACUGUAACGGAGGACUGGGGCUUGGUCUGGAAGUUUUCAGAUGCAUCUGUAGAUGAAUCAUAACAGCAUCAAGAUGUCGGGACGAACAGGCCGCGCUGAGACCCGAAGUCGGGCUAAAGAUGACAUUAAAAAGGUCCUGGCUGCCAUCGAGAAGGUGCGCAAAUGGGAGAAGAAAUGGGUGACAGUUGGAGACACAUCCUUACGCAUAUUCAAGUGGGUGCCAGUAACAGAAACCAAGCAGAUAUAUCGCACCAAAUCCACAGGUGGAGACGUUAGAGGAAUGAAAGAUGUGAUGCUGGAAAAUGCUAACUCUUUACUGGAUUUCACUGAUGAAAACAGCAACCAGAGCUAUCUGUCGGAUGUUUACCAGCCCAAAAUGGAUAACAGCAGCAGCACCUCCAGCUCGCAGCAGGUCAGCCCUCCUCACACCUCCAGCCUCCGGACCGAGGACUCUCAGCCCCCAAUGCUGGGCCAUGAGAGUGUGGAUGAGCCAGUUCAUUUAGGCCAGGAGGGGGCUGAUGAGCCUCCCACCCUCAUCAAAGAGGAUCUGCUUUCAUCAGGAGCUGUUCGACGGAGCACCCCCGACACACAGGAGGAAUUGGAGGAAUCAGGAGCACCCCCUUUAAAGAAGAUUUGCUCAGGAGAAAAUGCUGUUAUGAGAUAGCCGAUUCAUAAUAAUUUUGUCAAAAUGCAUAAAAUCCCUGUCCUCAGUCAGAUUUCUUUUUUUACAUAUGUACGCAAAUGUUACAUUUCAGCAAAAGGGGAAAAAAGAUUUACAGCUCAAUCUUUGUUCAAUUUUACAGGUCUUUAAAGUAUUCAGUUAAAAGUGUUUUUUCAAAUGAAUGUCGGGGAAUUUUCAAUACUUUUUGUGGCGAGUCACUACUGCUGCAGGCAGUGUAUUUCAACUUACAUGCUGUACAUGUUUUUGGGCUACCUUUAAUAAUUUACUCGUAAUGGGAGUUGAGCUUUACAUUUGCAUGUAUCCUACUUUUGAGGUUUACAGGCCAUUUGAAAAACGGUUUUAAUUAUGUAGCUUUAUGCAGAUUGAUGUUUAGAUGUGCCAUUUUCUAUUAGAUACCAGACACUUUCUGGAACCAAUUUUCUUUUGGCUUGUCAUAUGCAAGGAAUCUUUUUUUAAUAUUUAAAACAUAAUUUGCCCAUGAAUGUAACUGCUGACAUUGUAAACCAUAAUAAAUGCUACUUUUUAAUUCCAUUGCAA